AUUUGGUCUGACACCUACCUAACUAACAUCUUAAGUCAUUUAUUUCUAUCUUAGCAAGAGGCAAUAGUAGGUGAGCUACAUAAACGCAGCGUUUCAUGUAUGUAAGGGCUUACUGUUAUUAGACUUUGGUUCUAUAUGGACUAACGCCAACCUCAAUCAUUUCAUCUUUUCCUCUAUGCCCCAAAUCGACUUCUUUCUAUCUACUGCCCACAAAAAUACAAAUUGUUCUUAGAUUAACCCCAAAAAAGGAACAUGAAAGUCUUCACUAUGUAUCUGUCAUUUCACAGUAAAGAAAAAAAAAAAUCUAAAUUAGAACGAAACUACACAAAAAGUAAAGAAAGCUCAAAGUUGAAAACUAUGGGGCUCAAAGAAAUUGUUCUACAAAACUCUACUCAAUCCACAACCAUCUCAUCUCCGUAAUGGAUAUGUGCAUUUCAUUAGAAAGCCAUCACAUUAUAUUGGUGCUAUAUCUUUCUAAAGCAAAUGAUUAAUUAUCUCAUUAGUGAGAUUAAUUAUUUGAAUAACCAGAACAAGUGAAAAACAAACAAAAUUCAAUUUGACAAAAAAAAAAAAAAAAAAAAAAAAACAAAAUUCAAAUAAACACACAAAAAGGCCGUUAACCUUUAUAAGCCCAUAAUUGGGGCCCAAUAGAGACACAAAAAGUCCAUUUUAGACAGAGACAAGGAUACGAAAUUUGAAAAGAAAGAGAGUGGGACAUUGGAAAGAGGAAAAAAACCAAAUUCCCUCUGCUUCUUCUUCUUCCUCAUUUUCAAAUUUACAGAUCCUAUCCUCUCUGCAACAAAUACCAAUUCUUCGAACGUUCCAUCGAAAAUGGCAUCUCGCUACAAUUCCUACGAUUCUAGAUCAUCGGUAACCUCCUCGAUUCACUCAGAUCUAUCUUCCUCCGCCGAAUUCAAAUCGAACAAGCCAGUUUCAUCCAAAGCCAUUGUCAGAUCCAAAUCUUCCUACUUGACCAAAACAACGAAACCCGUAAAUCCUGAUAAUAAUCCUGGAAACCUCACUUAUAUGAUGAAGAAGCUGAUGGAGAUGAAGAAAUCUAAUUCCAAGAGCAAGAGGGUCGAGCUUGUGAUUCCCGAGGAACUGCAGAAAAUUGAUACUGGUAAAGGAGGAAAGAGCACAUUGGGAACAUUGCAGAGGAAGCUAUUCGGGAAGGAGAAGGUGAAGCCAUUGACAGAGGUUAAGGGUAACACUAGGACAUUGUCUAUGGUUCUACGAAGCGAGAGGGAGCUUCUUAGCAUGAACAAGGACCAGGAGGUUGAAAUCGCUGAGCUAAAGUUGCAGCUUGAAGAUAAGAACAGAGAAGUGGAGAAGUUGAAGGAUCUUUGUCUGAAGCAAAGGGAGGAGAUAAAGUCACUGAAGAGUGCAGUUCUGUUUCCGGAUGCGAUGAACAGCCAAAUCAGCCAAAUGCAGGAGCUGAAUCAGGCGAGACAGAUCAUCCCUAACCUUCAAAAGCAGGUCAUUUCACUCAAUGGCCAGCUUCAAUGCAUUGCUCAAGACCUUGCUGAGGUGAAGGCGAACAAGUACUUGUCAGAAAGCUGUUAUUGGCAAGCACAGACUUCUUCCUAUGAUUCACUGGAAUUCAGCUCAGGUAGCCCUGAUGGAUUAGCUCUGGAAGAUCUGAAUCCAUGCCUAACCCCUUAUACCAAGAAGAAGCCCAAGGAGUAUGAGAGGGUGGAUUCAGCAGAAGAGAGCUUAUCAGGGAGAAGCACUAUAACAACAACAGGAGGUAAAGUCAAAUCGAGUUCGAAAAGUGUAAAGAUGUCAAGGAGCUCGGAGGGAAAGGCAGGGCAGAGAUCAGAGGAGAGCAAAGGAUGGUAUAGGGGUGGGAGAAUGUUUUAAGAGAGACGAGUAGUAUGAUUUUGGUAGAACCAUCUGGAGCCAUGAUCCACGAUUGAGUUGAAUAAGAGAAGAGUGUUAUAUGUAAAAUAGAAGUCAUUCAAAAUAAGUUAAUGGUACUUAGUAGGUGAGGA